GGUUUCUUCUUGGUUAUCUUUUUGAUCUGACUGACAGAAAACAUAAAGUCAGAUAGAUUUCUGAACAUACUUUAACUUUCAAUUCAUGAGGGUUACAGGUAAUGUUCACAACAAAACUUUCUACAGAUUAUUUUGGCAUUUCAGUUCUUAUUUCAAGCAGUCGAGAUCACAUUCACUGAUCAUGGAGUCUCUGAAUGAAGCAAAAAAGAUAGCUGCCCACCGUGCAAUCGAUGAACAUGUAGAGGAUAACUCUGUGAUUGGGAUCGGAAGUGGAUCAACAAUAGUAUUUGCUGUUUCUAGAUUAGCUGAGAGAGUGAAGAGUGAAAAACUGAACGUGAUAUGUGUGCCAACAUCAUUCCAAGCGCGACAGUUGAUAAUUGAGAACAAGCUGAGUUUAGGUGAUCUUGAAACUCAUCCUGAGCUAGACUGUACCGUGGAUGGGGCUGAUGAGGUGGACCGGGACUUGACGCUAAUCAAAGGAGGAGGAGGUUGUUUAACUCAGGAGAAAAUUGUCGCUUCAUGUGCAAAGAAGCUUGUCAUCAUUGCCGAUUACACGAAGAAAUCUGAACGACUUGGUGACCAGUACAAGAAAGGCAUUCCCAUUGAAGUGAUACCCAUCUCCUAUGUUCCAGUCAGCAUCAAGAUUCGUGAACAUUUUGGUGGCAGAGUCAAUCUUCGUAUGGCCAAGAUGAAAGCUGGUCCUCUUGUAACCGACAAUGGCAACUUCAUCUUGGAUUGGAACUUUCCUACAGAUAAGAACCUGGACUGGCCAUCUGUGAAUAAAACAAUCACUAUGAUUCCAGGUGUGGUUGAAACUGGAUUAUUCGUUGGCAUGACAUCAAAAGUAUACUUUGGCCUACCUGAUGGUUCAGUGACGACAACCGAACCUCUGUGAUUCUACGUAAUGUAUCGUAUAAGUUCCACGGCUGUCAGUUAAUUUUAUUUUGUUACAUUUUUCAAUUAUCGUAGACUGAUUUAACAAUAAACAUUUUACGUAAAAUAA